AUGCCAUCAGUGACCCCAUUAUCUUCACCUUUCCACAACCCCCCUGCCACCCCCUCCACACCGUCCCCCCGCACCCCACAGGUGCCCCCAACCCCUCCCCACCCCCGGAAAAUGAUCCACCACAACAAGUACUUUCGUUGUAAACCACUCACACCCGCACCUUCCCACACCCUCCUCCUACCCGAGGAAUACACAAGAGCCACCGAGCCCCCACCUCCCCCACCCCCACGCUCCCCACUCUGCCCCGGGCCUCGUGCCCAACCCCCCACCUUCCCCUCACAGAAUGAGCCAAACCCUCCUCCCCCACCACCCCCCUCCCCUCGACCACCCCCCGCCUUCCACCCCAACCACACCAUCACCCCCCCGCUCGCUCGCCACCCCCCCUACACCUCGUACCCACCCCUCCUCCCCACUCCCCUUCCGCACGCGCCGUAUCCCUCCCUCACUUCUCCCCCCCCCGACCCCGCCACCCCACCACCCCCGGUUACGCGAGCCCUGCCCCCCCCCCAGGAACAGCAUCAUCGUCAAGGACAACCAUCUCUCCUCCCCCCCCCCCCCUUCGCUUCACCACCCAACUACGUUUCUACGCCAACACUUCACACCCCCCCUCCAGACCGUCGGGCUCCCGCCCCUCCGCCACCGCCCAGGGGUAUUAGACAAAUACAGCCAAGAACGACGUUCAACAACAACACAACCACCAGUGCUCAAUCAAUUCCCGCCAGGGCAAACACUCCCCCUAUCCUCUCCCCCCCCCCCUCACACACCACCUCCCUCCCCUCAUCACGCCUGUCUACCUACACCCUCCUCCCCCUCCGCCGCGCUCUUAUCCUCCAAUCAUCCAAGAAGCUCUCGAAUCCGCCAUCCACAGCACAGAAACACCAACCCAAACCGAGCCCCCAGCUCACCCUCCCCACCCCCCACCGUCCCUACCGCCCAUCCACUCUGGCCCAUCCACCUGCACCCCCCCCCUCCAAACACGCCUCCCACUCCCUACGCAGCUAG